AUGAAACCCGUAAUUGAUUUCGAUGAAUGUUUACGAGACUCUCCCAAAUUUAGGGAGCAGCUAGAAACCGAGGAAUCCAGUAUUGAUUCAUUAGAACAAAGGCUUGAAAAAAUACUCAAAACAUGUUCUGUAAUGAUAGAGGCUGGUAAAACGUAUAUGAACCAGAGAAGUGUCUUUACAAACGCACUAUGGGACCUUAGCAGCAAUUUUUCCGAGGACCCUUCUGUAAUGUCCAUGCUGAAUAGAAUGAUUCAUGCAUUGCAAGAAAUGACCAAAUUCCAUUCAAUAUUAUUGGAUCAGGCUUCAAGAACUGUAUUGAAGAAUCUCACAGCUUUUAUUAAAGUAGAUAUCAAGGGAGUGAAGGAGAGUAAACAUCACUUUGAAAAAAUCUCAAAUGAUCUUGAUAUUGCAUUGAUUAGAAAUUCUCAGGUGUCACGACAUAAAACCACUGAUGUGGAAGAGGUAAUGAAUCUACUACUUGCGACUCGUUCCUGCUUCCGACACACCGCACUUGACCAUGUUCAGAAGAUUACUAUGCUGCAAGCUAGAAAACGGCAUGAGAUUCUUGCAACUUUCCUAUCUUACCUGCAAGCUUGUUGCACCUACCACCACCAGGGGGCUGACUUGUCGGAAGAUUUGGAGCCGUUCUUGAAAUCCACAGCUGAUGAGAUCGCAGUUAUGCGGAACGACACAAAAGCGCUAGACAAGGAGAUGGAGAACCGUCACACCAUAGUGAACAGUAAGGACACGGUGUUGCCCAGCUGUAACCCAAAAGAGGGGGAGGGGGAGAAGGAGGGACUAUUAAGCACCCCGUGCUUGAAGAACAUGCCGCGGAUGCAAGGGUACUUAUUCAAAAGGACAUCAAAUGCGUUCAAGACUUGGAACCGACGUUGGUUUUAUUUGUAUGACAAUCGACUUGUAUAUAGGAAAAGAACUGGUGAGCUAAAUGUAACAGUAAUGGAAGAAGAUUUACGCCUAUGCACAGUAAAGCCGGUGCUCGAUGGAGAGAGGCGCUAUUGUUUCGAAGUGCUUUCACCCUCGAAAAGUCACAUGUUACAAGCCGACUCGGACGAAAUGCUAAACCUAUGGAUACAAGCGCUGCAAAACGGAAUUCGUUCUGCCAUACAGCAGGGUCAGAGCCGCGACAACCCCGACUCACAAGUAGUGCUAGUGCCAGACGAUUCUCGGCCUAAUGGUGAUCGUAAUAGCGUGUCAUAUCCGCCGAUGAGGAAAGUCAGAAUAUGGGAGCAGUUGCUAAGUAUACCUGGAAACAACUUUUGCUGUGAUUGUGGCAGCCCUAACCCACGAUGGGCCAGUAUUAAUCUUGGAAUUACUUUAUGUAUUGAAUGUUCCGGUAUUCAUCGAUCGUUAGGAGUACACGUUAGCAAGGUGCGGUCGUUAACUUUAGAUGAUUGGGAACCAGAUAUUAUAAAGGUGAUGGCUGAAUUAGGAAAUAAAGUAGUAAAUCUCAUUUAUGAAGCUAAUACCGAGGGGUCUACAAUACCCCGAGCUACAUCAGAGUGUGAGACAUCCGUUCGAGAGGCGUGGAUCCGCGCGAAGUACGUGACACUGUCGUUCGUGCGGAACAUUGUUAGUGCUGGGAGCGAAUCACCGCGUCUCGAGACUUCUAGGAAUGGAAGGCGCUGGUCCGUUCGAAGAGCGAGACGGAGGGUGCGUGCAUCAACCACUGUUCCAGAAACUAUAAAGGACGAAAAAAGCGAUGAAAAUAGCAACACCAGUGUUUCAGAAAGUUCAAGUAAAUCAGAUGGAAGCCCAGUACUAUUGAUUGGUAAAGAGUUAUCAAGUGAACGUGCUGUUGACCUAAGUCUACCUUCCGAUCACGACUCAACAGAGGGAGAAGACGACGAUCUUGAUGCGGAGGAUAUAUCGUGUCUAUCAUGCGAUAGCGUUCUAUCGCGGGCUGCGCGUGCGCAUAACGUUUGCGUGAUGCGGGCCGCACUUGCAGCUGGCGCGGACCCCACGUGCCACGGUCUUAGAAAUCGCACGCCUCUACACUGUGCCGUGCUAAGUGGAUCCGUAAUGGCUUGUUCGUUCCUAUUGCUUAAUGGAAGUAAAAUAAAUGACCAAGAUGAUGAUGGCAUGACACCGUUACAUCUGGCGACUGAGGCAGGACAUACUGGACAGGUGUGUCUGCUACUCCGAUACCGGGCUGACCAGUCUAUAGCAGAUAACCAGGGCAGGACACCAUUAGACAUAGCAGUCGAGCAAGCUAAUGCAGAUAUCGUUACAUUAUUACGGCUCACUAAGUUGAACGAAGAGAUGCGCGAGAGUGAAAUGUCAUCGAACGACGACACGUACAACGAAGUGUUCCGCGAUUAUACGCAACUCGCCCAUUCGCAUCCCGAGAGACUUGUUCGGCCCAAACACAACAACAACGAAGGUGAACAAUCAAGUGAAUGA